CUAUACCCAAAACAAGUAAAAAUGUCGACUARUUUCAUCGUACUCUUUCAAGGCAAUUUGGGYCAUUUUCAAUCAAGAAAGCUUCUACUUCAUGCUCCUAUGUACCAACACAUAGCAACGACGGUGCGCACAGGAGUCGAGGAGACAGCAGCAUCACCAACACCGAGUCGAGUCACUGGAAAUAAAAGCUUUGAUGCGAAUGUGGUGAUGGUUUUGUCGGUUCUUCUGUGUGCUCUCAUUUGUUCCUUAGGAUUGAACUUUGUCAUCAGGUGUGUCUUAAGGUGCUCAAGUAUGGUUCACUCUGAGUCUAUCACUGACUUAGAAAACACACCAACCAAGUCAGCCAACAUUGGACUUAACAAAAAGGCGUUAAAAACUUUCCCAACUGUCCGCUAUUGGAAAGGACUUACGUUACCUGGAUUGGACAAGGAAUGCGUGAUAUGCUUAAGUGAGUUUGUCCCUGAAGAACUUGUCAAAAUACUACCAAAAUGCAAUCAUGGGUUCCAUGCUCGAUGCAUCGACAAGUGGUUGAGUUCACACUCCUCUUGCCCUACUUGUCGACACUCCCUCGUAGAAACGUGUCAGAAGAUUUUGUCAGGUGGGGUGUGUGGUACCGCAACACUACCACAACUUCAAGGACAAGAGUCACAAAGUAUCAGUACCGUAGUUAUUAUGCCUUUGCAACCGGAGCAUCCUAUUCGAAGCUAUGAGAUGUAGUAGUUUAGUUAAGCAUACAUGGACUUAAAUGUAAAUUACUAAAAUAUUUUAGUUGAUGUUGCCCUUGGUAAAAUCCUCCCAAAGGUUUAUUUGUAAAUCCGUUACCAUUUUGUACAUUAAUAUUGAGACAAUUUUUCCAUGUGA